UUCGCCUCCAACCCGCGAAGAACCGAAUCUCAAAGCACCAGAGCGGCGGCGGCGGCGACGGCGGCGGCAGAGCCGGCGACGGCGACGACGAGUAUGGGCGGAGGUCAUAAGCGCGGCCGCACGCAGCGGAAGCACUUCAAGCAGAGCAAGGAGAACGUCUGGAAGUACAAGAACGGAAGCGACGAGGCCUCCAAGAAGACGCGCUCGUCUGAUCCCUCUGACGAGAACCCUAACCCUAACCCCUCCUGGCAACCCUUUGCCACCCAGAACACUGGCUUUGAAGAAUACUACAAGGCGCAAGGCAUUGUGCCUGAAAAUGAAUGGGAAGAGUUUAUUUGUGUCCUCCGAAAACCAUUGCCUGCUGCAUUUAGAAUCAAUUCCAGUGGUCAAUUUUUCCGCGAUAUUCUUUCUCAGCUGGAAGAUGACUUCAUGAAAUCCUUGGAAGCUGAGAUUGACAAUGAGAAUGAAAUAGAUGCUAUUAGACCUCUGCCUUGGUAUCCUGGGAAACUAGCUUGGCAUUCAAAUUUCUCCAGAAUGCAGCUAAGGAAAAAUCAAACCCUUGAGAGGUUCCAUGAAUUUUUAAAGCAGGAGAAUGAGGUUGGGAACAUAACAAGACAAGAGGCUGUUAGCAUGGUACCUCCACUUUUCUUGGAUGUUCUUCCAGAUCACCAUAUACUUGACAUGUGUGCAGCUCCUGGAUCCAAAACAUUCCAAUUGCUUGAAAUGAUACACCAAUUAGAUAAACCUGGAUUACUUCCUAAUGGGCUGGUAAUAGCAAAUGAUGUUGAUGUACAAAGGUGCAAUCUCCUUAUCCAUCAAACAAAAAGGAUGUGCAGUGCUAACUUGAUAGUAACAAAUCAUGAAGCUCAGCACUUCCCAAAUUGUUCAUUAAAAAGUUGCACAGAGAAUUCUACAGGAGAAGAGGCAAGAAAACAUACUUUGCAAUUUGAUCGUGUGCUAUGUGAUGUUCCCUGCACUGGUGAUGGCACUUUGCGUAAGGCUCCUGAUAUCUGGAGAAAAUGGAAUGCAGGGAUGGGCAAUGGGCUUCAUCGUCUUCAAGUAGACAUUGCUAUGCGUGGGCUAGCUUUGCUUAAAGUUGGCGGAAGAAUGGUUUAUUCUACUUGCUCUAUGAAUCCAGUUGAAAAUGAGGCUGUCGUUGCUGAGGUUCUUCGGAGAAGUGGGGAUUCAGUUGAGUUACUUGAUGUUUCUGGGGAGCUUCCUGAGUUGAUUCGCCGCCCAGGCCUUAAAACAUGGAAGGUGCGGGAUAGAGGUCUUUGGCUAGCUUCAUAUAGAGACGUACCUAGAUAUAGGAGAGGUGUCAUUACACCUAGUAUGUUCCCUUCUGAUCAAUGCUUCAAGUUGGACCAGACAGAGCAUGAUAACAUGCAAGAAGAGACGGUGACAAUUGAUGCUGUUACUGGGACAGAAAAUGCUAGUAGUUUGGAAUUGAGUCAUGAUGGUGGUAACAACGUGGAAACUAUUGAGACUGCUGUUGACAUGAAAGAAGCUGUGAGUAAUGUACACGAAGUUUCUGGCAUGAGCAGUUCACCAGAAGAUCUGGAUGGUGAAAUUAAAGUUGAAGUUUCAAGUUAUCCUUUGGAAUGUUGCAUGCGGAUUGUUCCUCAUGAUCAGAACAGCGGAGCCUUUUUCAUUGCUGUCCUCAAGAAAAUUUCUCCUUUGCAAGCUGUUCCUGAAAAUCAGACUAGUCAAUCCACCAAGCGGAAGCAGAAGAUCCCAAGAAACUCAAACGAGAACCUUGAAGUUGAGAAUGCAGAGAUAAAACCAUCUGAAUGUAUUCCAGAUCAACAUCACCAUACUUCAGCUGAAGAGCCUUCAAAUGACAGUUCCAAAAUUGACCAAUCAUCACUCAAGACAACUGAUGUUGAACCGGCAUUACCAUCCAAUCAAUUAAACGAUAUAGAAAAUGAACUAGAAGAAGUGGAACCUAGUGGUAUUGGUGAGAAUGAAAAAGUUUCAAAGGGCAAGUUACAGAUCCAAGGAAGGUGGAGAGGCGUUGAUCCUGUAGUGUUUUUCCAAGAAAAAACAAUUAUUGAUAGUAUAAGGUCAUUCUACGGCAUCUGUGAAUCUUUUCCCCUUGAAGGCCACCUUGUCACUAGAAACACUGAUGCUAAUCAUGUGAAGAGGAUUUACUACAUAUCAAAAUCAGUUCAUGACAUCCUUCAACUCAACUUUAAAGUCGGCCAGCGACUUAAGAUAACCUCCCUGGGCUUGAAGACAUUCGAGCGGCAAGCGUCAAAAGAUUGCUCAUCACUGUGUUCAUUCCGGUUAUCAUCAGAAGGAUUGCCUUUACUGCUUCCAUAUAUCAGCAAACAGAUUUUACAUGCAUCAUUACUCGACUUCCAGCACCUACUACAAUACAGGACAAUUAAAUUUCCUGACUUCGUUAAUUCUGAUUUCAGAGAGAAGGCGACGAAUCUGAUGCCUGGUUGUUGUGUAGUCACUCUGAAUGAAGGAAAUAAACCUAUUGAUGAAAUUCUACUGGAUGCUUCGACCAUCGCCAUUGUUUGCUGGAAAGGCAAGACCAAUCUCAGCAUCAUGGUCUCGCAGUUGGAUGCGCAGGAACUUCGUGAAAGACUUUCAUUACGAUUUCCGUCUGAGGUUACAAUAUCAGAGGAUAAGGAGAAUAAUUCUAACUCAGAAGCCGAGGCUAAAAAGAUAUCGGUAGAUAACGAAUCAACAGAUGACUUUAGAAGCUGAGCCGGAUAAUAUUAGCUGAGGGCAUUCAAACGAUGAAGUUAUUGAAGCCAACCUGAUUAUUUGUUCAUGAAAAAUAUCGGACUGGAGAAUUCGGAGGAUACGAUGAGAUUUAGUUUUCUUGCAAACUCUAUUGAAGGUUUGGCAAUGUGUGUUGUAAUUUAUUUGCUUAAAUAAUGAACUUGGUAAACUGAUUUGAAAUUUUCUGAUAACUAGAAUUCAUUGAGGAUUUUGUGUUUUUUUAGAGUGGCGAAAUGUUUGCACCUCUCUUGGCUGCUCAACCUUAAAAUAACUUAAAUCUUGUGAGAAGUUUGCUGA